ACCCAUCUCCGUACCACACAUCCUGAACCCCAGAGAGGAAAACCCUACCCUCCAUCGCUAUUCCCCAAAAUGCCCCUCGCGCCAUGCCCCUCGCCGCCCCUCCCCUCCUCCCCGUGGCCGGCGCGCGCCCCGCGCCGGGGCGGCCUCCUCCGCGCCCGCGCGGUGCGGGCGGCGCCCCGGCCGCCGAGCAAGUGGUCGCUGGGUAGCUGGCGCAGCCUGACGGCGCUGCAGCAGCCGGAGUACCCCGACAAGGCGGAGCUGGAUGAGGUGCUCCGGACGGUGGAGGCGUUCCCGCCGAUUGUCUUCGCCGGCGAGGCGCGCAAGCUGGAGGAGCGGCUCGCGGAGGCCGCCGUCGGGCGCGCGUUCCUCCUCCAGGGCGGCGACUGCGCCGAGAGCUUCAAGGAGUUUAACGCGAACAACAUCCGGGACACCUUCCGUGUGCUCCUCCAGAUGUCCGUGGUGCUCAUGUUUGGAGGCCAGAUGCCUAUCAUCAAGGUAGGAAGAAUGGCAGGUCAGUUUGCAAAGCCAAGGUCAGAUGGCUUUGAGGAGAGGGAUGGAGUGAAGUUGCCAAGCUACAGAGGGGAUAACAUUAAUGGGGAUUCAUUCGAUGAGAAAUCAAGAUUGCCAGAUCCACACCGCAUGAUCAGGGCAUACUCACAGUCUGCAGCAACACUGAAUUUGCUGCGGGCUUUUGCUACUGGAGGUUAUGCUGCCAUGCAGAGGGUAACACAAUGGAACCUUGACUUCACAGAGCAUAGUGAACAGGGUGACAGGUACAUGGAGCUGGCUCACCGAGUUGAUGAGGCUUUGGGGUUCAUGGCAGCUGCUGGUCUCACUAUGGACCAUCCUAUUAUGACAACAACAGAAUUCUGGACAUCACAUGAGUGCCUUCUUCUUCCCUAUGAGCAAGCACUUACUCGCGAGGAUUCCACAUCUGGCCUCUAUUACGACUGUUCUGCUCACUUCCUUUGGGUUGGAGAGCGUACACGUCAGCUUGAUUGUGCCCAUGUGGAGUUUCUCCGAGGAAUUGCGAACCCUCUGGGUAUCAAGGUCAGUGACAAGAUGGACCCAAAAGAACUUGUGAAGUUGAUUGAUAUCUUGAAUCCCCAGAACAAACCAGGGAGAAUUACUAUCAUUACAAGAAUGGGACCUGAAAACAUGAGAGUGAAACUCCCUCACCUAAUACGUGCUGUCCGUGGUGCUGGCCAGAUAGUAACAUGGGUUACUGAUCCGAUGCAUGGUAACACAAUGAAGGCUCCUUGUGGCCUCAAGACUCGCUCCUUUGAUAGAAUCUUGGCUGAGGUGCGCGCAUUCUUUGAUGUGCACGAACAAGAAGGCAGCCACCCAGGAGGGGUGCAUCUGGAGAUGACUGGACAAAAUGUGACAGAAUGCAUCGGCGGGUCACGCACGGUGACAUUCGACGAUCUGGGCUCACGAUACCACACACACUGCGACCCGAGGCUCAACGCAUCGCAGUCUCUGGAGUUGGCGUUCAUCAUCGCCGAGCGGCUCAGAAAGAGGAGGAUCGCCUCAUGGCAGUUGAACAAGAACAGUCAUCUGGGCAACAUCCCAUCUUUGGGGCUCUGAAAGUCAUAUAUAUACAGAAACAGUGAUAAGAAAAGAUCAAAUACCAUAGGCAAGCUGUGAGCUAUCCAAUUGUCUUGUACUAGCUGUUAUGUCAAGUUGUCAAGUUUCGUUUCAUGUUACUCAUGUACUGCUAAACAAGUCACCCUCUUGAUUUACCCUGUCAUAUAUAAAUAAGAAAUGCAAGUUCACCUUAA